AUGUCGGAUUCAGUGGAUAUAUCUGUUUUCAAAACCUUUUAUGAUCCUGAAACAAAAAUAUGGCGCGGCGAAAAAACUGAAUACAAUUAUAAUCCAGAGGAUUCAAUUGCUUCGUUGGUAUUAAAAAAACUACUAGAGAAUCCCGACAACAUUGGGCAGGUUUGCUAUCAAACUGGCAAUGAACUGACAAAUAUGGAAAUUGCUAAACGUACCGUCCAGGUGGCCAAAUACUUUGAAAAACUCCAGCUGCAACAAUGUGAUAUGAUCGGUCUGUGUGCCAGCAACACUGAUUACAUUGCUCCAUUGGUGUUUGGUGCCUUGGCAUCGGGUCUGUGUAUUAGCACCUUGGAUCCCAGUUUUGAUAAGGAUGGCAUCAAACAUGUCUAUUCACUUACCAAACCACGUAUGAUGUUCUGCGAUGGUCAAUUGUAUGAGAAGGUUCGUGAAGCUCUGGAUGAGUGCGGUUUGACGGCAACUAAAAUAUAUACAAUGUGUGAUCAUAUUGAGGGAGUUCCAUCUAUUAUGGAAUUUUUCGAAGAUGACAGUGUGGAUCCUCGUGAGUUUAGAGUACCGCCAUUGAAGGAGGGUGUCCACCAAAGUGCCUUCAUUGUCUGCACCUCGGGUACAACCGGUUUACCGAAAGGUGUCUGUAUCUCACAUGCCACUUUUGUGUUCAAUACCUAUGCUGUUGACAACUUUAACGGCAAUACUUUCCUCUGCUUUAGUACCCUUUAUUGGGUGUCCGGUCUAUUUACACUGAUUCAAGGCACAUUGGGUAAUGCCAGACGCAUUAUUUCCACAAAAGCCUUUAAUGUCGACGAUUUCUUUGACAUUGUACAACGCUACAAGGUCAACAUAAUCAUGGUUCCACCAUCGCAGAUCGCCUUGGCUGUGUCCUCGGACAAAAUUGCCCAGGCCGAUUUGUCCAGUUUAAGUUUUUGUAUGAUCGGUGGUAGUGCAGUUUCAUAUGCCCUAACAGAGAAAUUCAGGAAAUAUGCUCCAAAUGCUUGGUGUGUGGUCGGUUAUGGUUCCAGUGAAACUUCCGGUAUUGCUGUAACUCCAAGUGUGCCCAAUAGUCCGGUGGGAACGUUGGUUGCCAAUGUUGAAGUUAGAAUUAUCGAUGAUGAUGGCAAUUCAUUGGGACCCAAUGAAACCGGUGAGCUUUGCGUACGCACACCAUUACCCUGGAAGGGUUAUUAUGGUAACCCCACGGCGACCAAAGAAAAAUAUGAUGCUGAUGGUUGGAUCUACACCGGAGAUGUUGGUUAUUUCAAUGAUGAGGGUGUCCUCUUUUUGGUCGAUCGUAAAUGUGAUAUUCGUAAAUAUAAUAAUUUCCAUUUCUCCCCCACGGACAUUGAACUCGUCAUCAGUGAAUUGCCUCAGGUGGCUGAUGUUUGUGUCGUGGGUAUUCCUCAUAGUGUACAUGGUUUCUUGCCAGCUGCCUGUGUUAUAAAGCGUCCGGAUAGUGAAAUCUCUGAAUCGGAGAUCUAUCAAUAUGUUGUGGAUCGCAUGCAAGAUUUUGAACAUUUACGUGGUGGUGUUUAUUUUGUGGAGAGCUUCCCUGAAACACCAUCGGGUAAAGUCAUUCGUCGUAAGGUGGCGGAAAUGUGUGAAAAGUUGUGGAAGGAAAAGAAUGGAAGUGAUUAA